UGAUCCAUAUCUCCCGUCAUGAAUAAAUGAUUUUUUAAAUUUUACAGAAAUGUUAACCACAUCCAAGAUUAUGUGUUGCAGGUCAAAGUUCAAUGUCACAAAGCUUAAUUGUCAUAUAUUCUACUAAUACAGCUAGUGACUUCAUAUUUGGCAUGUAGGUGUACCUGAUGGAGCCACCAAUUUUCAGUGGUAACAUUUGAAGGUCAAGGUCAUCCUUCAAUGUCAAAGGUCAACUUUUGAACUAUUGCAGAUACAGAAUUGAUACUUGACAUGCAUGUGUAUCUCAUUAAGUUGCAGAUAUUCAUUUGUAACAUAACACAGUCAAGGUCAUCCUUCAAGGUCAAAUGUCAAAUUUAUUUGUGACAAGACCCUUUGGGCGCAUUGGUGUUUCAACUACACACUUUUAUUUACCAUCGCAAGGGUUACAAUUUGACAGGGUAAUAACUAACGUUUUUUUUUGUGUGCAAAUUUAAUGCCCCUUUACAGGCAGACAAAUGUUGGCAUACAUAAAAGAUGAUGAUUGAAAAUAAGCAAUCAAAAACUUCUUUAUGCCACAUCAAAGAUGUCGAUGUUAUUUCUCCUUGCAGGACAGCGUUGCCACUACAGUAAUGGUGAAUGACAAAGAGGUGAAUGUGCGGACCAUUACGGUGGAGGACCGUACUGGGAAGGUGAAAGUCAGCCUGUGGCGCAACAUUGCAGCAGAGCCUGUGGUGUUGGGGGAUGUUGUUGCCAUCACCAAUAUUGUUGUCAACAGCAAGAGAUAUAACAAUGAGGAAUCCCUGUCGUCAACACAAUUUACAAAGAUAGAGGUUACUGACAUGCCAAACACCGAGAUGACGGCCACCAUUCUAGGACUUGACCUGGGUGAUGUGGAAUCCCAGUUACUCACAGAACAGGAUGGAAUCUUCAAUGUAUCAAACGAAGUGCUAGUUGCAGCCUUUCAGUGUCAGUUGGAAGACAUUACAGCCAAACUACCAAAAACACUGAAUUUCAUAGCCAAAGGACAGUCUGUGGUCACCUUUAAUGAGUGAAAAAUCAUGUUCAAAGUUUAUAGUUUAGAGAUGUUUACUUUUCAUACACUGGAGCAUGACAGUCUGUGGUCACCUUUAAUGAGUGAAAAAUCAUGUUCAUAGUUUAUAGUUUAGAGAUGUUUACUUUUCAUACACUGGAGCAUGACAGUCUGUGGUCACCUUUAAUGAGUGAAAAAUCAUGUUCAUAGUUUAUAGUUUAGAGAUGUUUACUUUUCAUACACUGGAGCAUGACAGUCUGUGGUCACCUUUAAUGAGUGAAAAAUCAUGUUCAUAGUUUAUAGUUUAGAGAUGUUUACUUUUCAUACACUGGAGCAUUCAUAGUGUUGCCUGUUAUAUCAUUCCAUCACCAAGAAUUACCAAACUUGCUAGCUCUUGACCUGGGUGGUGUGGAAUCAAGCUUAGUCACAGAACAGGAUGGAAUCUUCACUAAAUCGAACGAGGAUCUAGUUAUCACCUAGGAUUACUAAACUUAGUGUGAGGAUGCAUAUAUUGAAUGCAGCGUUCCACUUUCAUCAGUUUCAUGUCCUUCUGACGUUGACCUUUACAUUUGAUCUUCAUUAUUUAGAGUAAUAUUCUUGAUGAAAAUUCACUUUAAAACACACAAAAAUCUAUCUUUGUCUGUUAGAGGACAUUACCUAUCUGUCAUUGAUGUGACAGAUUGAUGCAUUAUUUGAUGUGAAAGUGGCGUAUUUUACCUAUUAUAAAAGUCAUUUGAAUUCAAUUUGAGAAUUUUAUUUCUCAUAGUUCCUGCCCACAACUGUCAAUCAUUAUGUGAACCACCAGCCGCGUUUCACAAUUUUACUUUAA